AUGAAGCGUAAGCUCUCGGAUUCCGGUCUGGAAAAUGACCAUCCAGCUGGCUCGAACCCGAAAAGGGCGCGCACCACGCAGGCAAAACCCAAUGGCGCCCCGAACGGCCAUGCGCCGAACCAGUCACCACCGAACGGCGAUGUCACAUACGAACUCCCUCCUAGUCAAUCUACGCCUAAAAAGUCCAAUGGAAUUUCCGCACCCUCAUUGAAAGAAUCGGGGUUGAAGACACCCACCCAUAAAUCCAAGGCUCGAAAUUUGUUCGCGACUCCAACAAAACCAAAGACUCCCUCUGCGGGUACUCCGUCUCGACUAAAGAAGGCCGAUCAAUCUGCGAAGAAGAAGAGUGCGAGGGUGCUGUUUGAACAGGAUGAGGAUGCCGAAUGGGAUGGUUCGGAGCAGCUGGCAGCAGAGAUUCUACAGGACGACGAACCCGAGCCAGAGACAACAACUCAACCCAUAUUGGAAAGCGUGGAGGAGGGCGAUGCGGAGAAAGGAAAGGCUAAAGAUGCUAAAGCUCCUAAGCGUCGUGCUGGUCGACCAAAGGGUGCCAAAAAUAAGCGAUCACCGACACCAGAAGGCGAACUCCCUGCGCACGAACGUUAUUUCUUCCAGAAUCGUGCCGGCACCGGCAAGACCUCCAACACUACGCUGAACAAGGUUCCCUUGUUGACUCAUGAGGAAUAUUUCGAGAAACUGGGCCAAUACGUGGAUCCUUGCAAAGAGGAGAAGGAAUAUCUCCUUUCAUUGCAUCACCGGUCAUUCCAGCAAUGGCAGUUCGAGUUUGAGGAGGACUACAAUAUUUGUUUGUUUGGAUACGGAUCGAAGCGAAAACUUGUACAAAAUUUUGCAGACUGGCUGUAUCACCAUUCAUCCACCGAAAAUCCACCAAUCAUCAUUGUCAAUGGCUACACUCCCGGUAUUUCGAUUCGUUCGAUCUUUGCUAUGAUUGCAACCGCUCUGCUGGGCGACGAUCUGCCCUCCAAAUUGGGUGCCCAGCCCACGGAAGUACUGGAACUGAUUCAAUCAGCACUCAAUAAUCGACCUAUUGAGGAAGGCCCGAUUACAGUGCUCAUCAACUCGGUUGACGCUCCGCCUCUGCGUCGUGCAGCUAACCAGGCUCUUCUCGCCCGUCUUGCUGCAACCCCUCGUAUCCGUCUUCUUGUCACUGCUGACACACCCAAUUUCACCGUGAUGUGGGAUAUCAGUUUACGUGAUCAGUUCAAUCUGGUCUUCCACGACGGCACUACAUUUACUCCAUUUGCUGUCGAAGCGGAUGUCGUGGAAGAAGUAAACUCUUUGCUAGGUCGGAAGGGCCAACGUGCCGGCGGCAAAGAUGGUGUUGGUUUCGUCUUGAAAAGUCUACCGGAGAACGCUCGUAACCUGUACCGCCUUUUGCUGACGGAGGUUAUCACCAUUAUGGAUGAUGGUCACCAGUCCGAUGACGAGGGCGCAGAUGGAAACAAGUCUGCCGAGGAGCAUGGUAUCGAAUUCCGCUUGCUUUACCAGAAAGCAACAGAGGAAUUCAUUGCAUCGUCCGAGAUGAUGUUCCGUACUUUGUUGAAGGAGUUCCACGAUCACCAGAUGAUCACCUCGCGUAUGGAUCCCAGUGGAAUGGAGAUUCUGGGAGUACCAUUAUCUCGUGAUGAGAUGGAGGGCGUGUUGGAGGAUCUGGUGCUUGGAUAA